AUGGCACCUCCAGAACUCGCACAGCUUAUUCCUCCCGAUUCAUGGGAUUCACAUAUGCAUAUUGUUGACGUUGAGAACUAUGAACUCGAUCCCUCAGCAACAUACCGUCCAACCUCUCACUCCCUUGAACAAGCUCUCGACUUUGAAGCCAGUGUUGGUCUUCAGAACAUUGUUCUUGUUCAGCCGUCUAUUUAUGGUUUAAACAACUCUUGCUUACUUGACGGCCUGCGUGAUCUUGGCUCUGAGCGUGGAAGGGGUGUUGUUGCGAUUGACCCUGAAGCUUAUGACGCUGAUGAGCUCCGCAAGUGGCAUGAGUUGGGCGUACGUGGAGUGAGACUCAACCUGCAGUCCGUUGGCGCAGAGCUGAAUGCCACCGAAUUGGAGAAGCAAUUGACACAGUAUGCCGAUGCUGUGAGACCAUUGGGAUGGGUCGUUCAAGUUUACGUUCCCAUGAAGAUGAUUGAGUUUCUCGAGCCCAUCAUCCCAAAACUCAACGUCAAGUUCUGCAUCGACCAUUUGGGACAACCGCCUCUGAAAGAAAACCAGGGUGUUGACAUGUAUGAAUUGCCAGGCUUCCCAUCUUUAGCUCGUCUGCUCAAAGAUGGUCUUACCUAUGUCAAGUUAUCGGCCCCUUAUCGCAUAGCUGCUCAAGCUGAUUAUAGCGACUUGGAUCCUCUUGCCAAGGAGGUCGUUCGUAUCGCUGGCAAGAGUCAUGUUGUUUUUGCGACCGAUUGGCCUCAUACUCGGUUCGAAGGUCUCGAUAUUAAGCCUUGGAUGGAGAAGGUAGUCAGUUGGUGUGGUGACGAACAGCUCAAGGAAAGGUUAUUCAGAGGAAACGCAGAAGAUUUGUGGGAUGUUAAGCGGUUGCCAAGGGCAUGA